AUGUCUGGUGUUGAAAUCAACGGAACUUAUCUGUCCAAUCCAUAUACACCAGCAGCUUUUCUACCUCCCGAACUCGCAUAUCAAGAGCAGAUUUCAAAAUAUGUGCUCGUCGGCUCGGCCGGGGCAAUAGUUUGGGACAUACUGUCGAACUUGAUUGGUGACUACAAGCUUCUAUUCAAACACAAAAUUGGUAUACCCACUGUGGUGUAUUUCAUUUCGAGGAUUGCAGCACUCUUUUAUGUCUCAAUAUGUACGAUUUUUGAAACGGCUCCUCUUGGCAAUUGCAGUGCAUACCAAAUAGUCAACAACGUUUCGCUAUCGUUUGCUGCUCCAACCACUGCAUUGCAAUUCUUCCUUCGAGUUCGUGCCAUCUUCACCGGGAACAAGUACAUCAUCUUCUUUUUUCUCUUCCUAUGGCUAAGCGUUCUUGGGUGUUGCUUGUCAACCAUAACGGGCAUGCAGGGCGUCACAAUUGGCCCAACGCAAUACUGCACCAACCCUGAACCGAAGCUGUAUAUUGUCUCUCCAGCCAUCGCUAUGGUCGUUCACGAUACCCUCGUCUUCCUCGCCAUCUCAUGGCAUCUAAAUUCACACUCUGAUGCUGAUCCUGGCACAAGAAACCGAUGGAAGUCGUUCUUUUCUGGCCACUAUCUGCCCCGUUUUACCAGAGCACUCUUGCGAGACGGUCAGGUUUAUUACUUGAUUACUGUGAUCUGUAAUCUGGUGAUCGUCAUUGUGAUUUUCAUAACCUCAAUCCCCGGGGCGUACCGAGCCAUGCUUUCCGUCCCUAACGUGGUGUUGACGAACGCCAUGGCAUGUCGUGUAUUCCGGAGCACCCGAUCACUAGGUAGCGUUGGAGUCAGUCGGACGAGCGUGCAGCCCAAUACCCUUCCUUUAGCAUUUAGACAAACCACUGUGCGCAGCGGUGUAGGAGAUUCAGUUGAUAACUCGGAGCUUUUUGUGGUUGAUACGGAGGAAAUGACCAAAUGA